AUCCCUCCCAGUAACUCCUACAAAGAAACAUUCAAAUAAGGAGCUGUUUUCAGAGUCAGUGAAUAAACACAUGAACAAACGGUCUAAACAUCUGGAAAGUCCUGGAGGAAGAGAAUGGCUGGACUCAUCUGGAUUCUGCUUUCUGCAUACCUGCUGGGUUGUACCUCUCAAGACCAGGAAAAUAUCACAGCUGAGUCUGGACAGAACGUCACUUUGACGUGUCAAGCUCGAAACUACAGCAAAGAAACUUUGCUGUGGAGCAGAGCUGACCUGGGAGAUGAAUAUGUCCUUUUGUAUCGAGACGAGCUGUUUGUUGCAGACAACCAGCAUCCAUCUUUUAAGGACCGGGUGGAUCUGCAGGACAAACAGAUGAAGGAUGGAGAUGUGUCUUUGAAUCUGAAGGAUGUGAAGAUUAAUGACACUGGAACAUACGAGUGUUGUGUCGUUGAGACAGGAAAAUUUGGUUUAAAGCCCAUCAGCAGCAUCACACUGAGUGUUGUUGAUCCUCCAGGAUCUGUUGGACUGAUCGUUGGUGUGGUAGUUGCUGCUGCCCUCGUUGUCGCUGCUGUUGCUGGAUUUGUGAUCUACAGAAACCAUAAAAAGGCAAAAGAAGUACUUCUGUUCUCGUCCAAAUAUCUCAGUCCUCUUAUCAUUAAACAGUCUCCUGCUGUUGUUCCCACUUCCCAGCGUUGUCAGUGAACAGACACAGCAGGGAACUUCACAAUGAAACUGAUUUGUGAAAUGUCACCGACAGUUAGGUCUUUGUUUAACUGUUGAAAACAGAGAAUUUUGCUGUUUUAUCAUUCAUUAUCCAGUUAUUGCUUCAUCCAGAUCACACCAUAUAAUUCUGAUUCUGAAUCACUUUGACUAAUCUCUCAGCAUUAUUACAAUAUUCUGCUCUUUACACUGGAUGUCUUUGCUGCAGUGUUCAAAUAUUCAGCUUAGUUUUAGAACCUGUGCCUGUGCAGAUAUUAUUUAGCAGUGACCUGCAGUUGUUCAGAAGCUCUAACUUGAACAAAAACACGGUGCUUCUGUUUUUAAUGUGAUAGCUGCUGAUUAGAGUCUGAAACUUGAACUUGAUAGACUUGAAGAUUUGCUGUCAAACAGCCUGAUGGAGACGACGUGGAAAUCGCUUCAGUUUGUUAACAGAAUAAAGUGAAAUUAAUUAACUGGACUGACUCAACCAUCACUCUUGGUUUGUGUUCAGCAGCAGAAAUGUGAAUUUCAGAGAUCAGAAGAUUAGAAUCAACAAUAAGAACUUUUAUACAUUUUAAUAAUGUAAUGUAAAAUUUAUCUCACCAGUGUAAGCUUUGUUUUGAUACCGAGAUUGUUUACAUGGACUUUUUUUCAUUUAUUUUGGGUUUUUCAUUUUCAAAGAGGAAACUCAAGCAGCCUGGUUGGGCUUAACAGGAUAAACUUUAAUCACUGAACUUUUGGAAUAGGUGUUGGGAUGAAACUCCGAUAAUUAUAAAUGUACCAUGUGUGUUUUGGCAGUGCCAGGAGCUCUGCCAUCUACUGUCAUCUACAAGUAUUGUAUUGUACACAGGUAUGAAUAGACUCAUGAGCCACAAAAGAUUGAAGUGCAACCUGAUCGACAUUAUUAAUUUAAGGAAAAUGUGAAUCUAAUGAGGACUUAUGAACAACUGCUGUAGUCUGAUCCUGUGAUGUGUAUCUGUCAUUGCUUGUUGUUUAGUAAAAAAAAUGCUUGCAUGUAAAACUCAUAAUCACAAUAAAAGAAUAAAAGCAGAAAUGUGAAAAUCAUCUUCAUCACUGUUGU